AUGGAUUUUGUCCAAUCUAUCGACUCUUCUUCCCGAGUAAUCCCUUCAUCUUCCGCAUUUUACAAUAAUGUUACUUCCUCUUCCACAACCAAAACCCAAACAAAUGAACAACAACGUUUGGGGGGUUCCCUUAGAAGACUCAAAACUGUUUUGGUUAUUGACAAAAAAGUACAAAAAUUUCUUAAAGUUCGAGAAAUGGCUUGUCAAGAUAUCGAGGCUGUCUCUGCUGCUUUGAACGUUAAUUUACAGUUAAUCGAUUUUGACCGAUUAGAUUUUGGAGAGUCUUCAACACUUGACAAGUUUUUUUUUCUAAAAAUAAAAAUUAAUUUCUUUAAAAAUUAUAGUUUUUAUAAUGCUGACAUUGCACUGAUUGAUUUUUCGAUAACUCAUCAACAGCCGGUAACUUGA